AUGUCGUCUGAUCCAAGCGGAAAAAUAGUGGAACAAGCUCUGGGCGCCUACAAGAAGACAUUUGCUGAGAGCACCAUUAGCGAUACAUCCGGUGACUUUCCCCGAUUUGCCUUUUCGGAAUUGACUCUGGGCAAACGCCUGGGUGAGGGUGGAUUUGGUGUGGUAUCCGAAGUUCUGGCCUUUGAUAUUUCGGCCCAUGAAGACAGUCAUCGUCCCCCAGAAACAAGUGUCGAGGUAGAAACAACAGGUGUUGAGGUGGAAAGGAAAGAGGAAGAAGAAGAUCCCGAUUUCCAAGGUCGGAAAUUCAUUGCCGAUCAUUGCAUUCGAAAUGAUAGUGAUGCUCGUUAUGCCAUCAAGAUACUCAAAAAAUCCCUAGUGGACAAGGCAGAUGUCAAUUUAAUGGUCAAGGCGCUGGCAGACAUGGCCGUGGAGACACACAUUCUAUCCGCCAUUGAACAUCCCAAUAUUGUCAAACUAAGAGGAGUCAGUCAACAAGGUCGGUAUCAUCCAGAAUACUUUAUUGUCAUGGACAGACUCUAUGAUACCCUUGACAAACGCCUCAAAGCAUGGGCCGAAGUAUUCCCCAAACCACCACCAAUGCCCAAAAAGAAUCCACCCUCCAAACGACAAUCCUCGGGCAGCACCAGGAGCACUUCCAGUCGAGCCUCCAAGUUGGGGUGUAUUUUUGGACGGAAAAGCAGUCAAGAGUUUGAUGAUGACGAAGAAAAAGAGGAACAGGACGACACUGUGGAAAUGAACCCGACAACCAUUGAAUCAAGUCCUUCGAAUCUAGAGAAAAAGAAGAAAUUGCUGGAAGAAAGACUGGUGGCUUGCUUUGACCUGGCUUCGGCCAUCGCAUACCUUCACGAGAGGAAUAUUAUCUACCGUGACACCAAGCCGGAGAACUGUGCCUUUGAUGUGCGAGGUGAUAUCAAGCUGUUUGACUUUGGUACUGCCAAAGAACUACCGCCACAAAAUUCCAAGAGAGAUCUGACCUUCAACCUCACCGGCAUGACGGGUUCUUUGCCCUGGAUGGCUCCAGAGGUGGCCAAGAGCGAUCCGUACAAUCACAAAGUUGAUGUCUUCUCAUUUGCCGUACUCCUAUGGCAAAUCGUGGCCUUGGAAAUGCCAUUCAAAGAGUAUGAAUCAGACUUGAGAUUGUUCUGGGAAGAAGUCCACAACGGACCCCACAAGCGCCCUGAAAUUCCACGACUUGGUUGGCCCAAACCUAUUGAACUGUGCAUGAGGCGUGGGUGGGCGAAGGAACCCAGUGAACGAAUGGAAAUGAAACAGAUUGAAAACAUUCUACGAAAAGAAAUUAUACGGGUCCGCAAGGGCGAUGAUGCUGGGCUCCGACACGACCGGCGACGUUCCACCUUUGUCUUUCGUCGUUGA